CAUUCUAUUUCUUCUCUCCUUAUUUCCCUUUGAUUCUCCUACUUUACUUAAACUUAACUCUUAACAAUAGAAGCUAAAAGAGAGAGAUAUCUAUCUAUACACAGAGACGAAGAAGAGAGUAAUCGAUAUUUGAGAGGGUGUGAGAGGUUCAAGUUAAUUUGUUCCUUUUUUAAAAAUUUAUUUUUGUAAUAUGUUAAUAUUGUCUUCACGAUAUGCAAUGAAACGAGAUGUUGUAAUCAUUGUAAUCUUUACAAUCUUAGUUUUAAUUAUUUUCUCGCGGUCAAGUUCGAUCCAAGCUGGAAGAUUCAGCGGUACAAGAAGAAAGGAUAGUUUUUUGAGCGUUGGUCGAUCACAACAAUAUUACAAGAAUCAUCACGAGUUUGUUGUGAUCAAGGGAAUGUCAAAUUUUAAUAAGUUCAGACGAAGAUCGUCUAAAGUUCGGAGAAAGAUUGAUGGCGGCGACGAGGAAGAUCAAGAAGAGAAACGAUCUAUCCCCACGGGUCCGAAUCCUUUGCACAACUAGUAGAGUAACGAGAGAGGCAACAUACUUCGACUUCGUAAAUUGUUCGUUUGGUGUAUAUACGUACUAUGUUAGGUUUUUUUUCUUUUCAAGAUUAGUAUACUUAGUUAAAGAGACAGGCUUUUUCUGCGAUAUUACCAGUUAAUUUUAAAUAUUAUUUAUAUAUUACCUACCAGUUUUUCAUUCUUCGUAGUUUAUUAGGUUGGGUUGGAAUAAACUGAGAUAAAAUAUUGUUAUUGUAAUGACUAGAACCAAAAUAAUAUAUGUAUAUGUAU